UGCGCACCCUGUGUUUAGUUUUCUCCAACCUGAGGAACUGUCUAGUGUCGCUGCGCUAGCAAACCCAUCGCUGCCAGUUCUUGUCAUGUUUUGAAAGCAACGGCGGAGCUGUUUUCCACACUGGAAUACGAGACGACAGCACCACACAAGACAGCCAACGAAGUGUACUACCGGAGGGUGCCUAAAUUCCCGUGGAAAUUGACCGGCGGGAUCAACAAGAGUUCAAAGUAUUCGCUCAGUGCCCCCCAGUCGGCAGGGAUAGCCUUCCAGCUCCCCACAUCCAUGUUGACUGCGGCAGCCUUCGCGCUGGGUCCAGGGCUACAAACACCGCAUCCCCUUUGUUCCUCUGCGGGCAAGAUCCGGGCGAACUGUCGCGGCUUGUGGAGGCACCGCUGUAUGCCACAAUGCACAUCUCCUGUUCCAGUCUGAGGGAUUGUUUACGCGUUAAAAUGGCUGCUGAAAUGGCUUUUGGAAGAGAGUGGUCUUGAAUCAAUGCAGCAACGUUACAUUACCCACUCAGAGGGCCAAAACUGUAAAUAAGCUACCUUAUCUGACAUUAGCGAGUUACGGUAUCGGACGGAGUUAGCAGCUCGGAUAGCUCGGAUUUAUUUCUUUUUCUUUUCUUUUUUUCUUUUUUUUUUUUUUUUUUAAAUCGAUGCUCGGCUUCUUCUUUUUCAGUAGCUUCUUCCAAGAAGAGGUAGGGUGAAUUCGUCCCACUCCACAUCUAUGCAUGCGGUUAAAACAAGCUUCUAAAGACACUCGGCUAGCUAACGUCUGUUUUCUCUCAGCCGUUUGGUCCAAAAGCUUCCCAAGCGGGCAAAGCUAAAGUUCAAUUUAGGUAUGUAUGACACUACACGAAUAUGCAGGACUUUUUUGUUAUAAUAGAAACAGCCUGAGUAAGCCGAGGCUCGCUCCCAAAAAAAGCAGAACCUCAAGGCCCCGGUCUUUCACUCGGCUCGCUCGACCUGGAAAGAAAAAAUGGAUCCUGGGGGGGAAUGUACCACCAAACUCUUCCUCUUCGGACCCAGACUGGCAACCCACAGCCACCUGCGGGGCAUCAACAGAUACUUGUUGGUGUACGUUUUGUUUUACUUCGUGCUGUUCACUCACGCCUCCCCGGCGAAACCGUGCGACAAGAGCUGCCUCUCUGGAAAAUGUAUCAACGGAUCCUGCAUCUGCGAUCGAGGAUGGGUCGGAGACCAGUGCCAGCACUGCCAGGGGAGGUUCAAGUUGACGGAGCCCUCAGGAUAUCUCACCGACGGUCCAAUCAACUACAAAUACAAAACAAAGUGCACCUGGCUCAUUGAGGGCUAUCCAAAUGCUGUUCUUCGGCUAAGAUUUAACCACUUUGCCACAGAAUGUAGUUGGGACCACAUGUACAUCUAUGAUGGAGACUCGAUAUAUGCUCCUCUGGUGGCUGUUUUCAGUGGUCUCAUUGUUCCAGAGAUUCGUGGAAAUGAGACGGUUCCUGAGGUUGAGACGACUUCAGGCUACGCACUACUACACUUUUUCAGCGAUGCUGCCUAUAACCUGACGGGAUUUGAGAUAUUUUACUCGAUCAACUCUUGUCCCAAUAACUGCUCUGGCCAUGGAAAGUGCACGCCUGGCAACUCGGCCGCCAGCAGAGUGUACUGUGAAUGUGACAAGUAUUGGAAAGGCGAGGCCUGCGACAUCCCUUACUGCAGGAACAACUGUGGCAGCCCCGACCACGGUUACUGCGACCUCACCGGGGAGAAGCUGUGUGUCUGCAACGAGAGCUGGCAAGGCCCAGACUGCUCUCUGACCGUACCUUCAACCGAGUCCUUCUGGGUCCUACCGAGCGUCAAGCCCUUCGGCACGUCACUCGCUAGAGCGUCCCAUAAGACCGUGGUGCAGGAGAAGGUCAUGUGGGUGGUGGGAGGAUACACCUUCAACUACAGCUCCUUCCAGAUGAUCCUCAACUACAACCUGGAGAGUGGCAUCUGGAACACAGUUCCCAUCAACAGCGGCCCUGUGCCAAGAUACGGCCACUCGCUUGCCGCCUACCAGGAUGACAUCUAUAUGUUCGGUGGCAAACUGGAGGCCGGCUGGGGGAACGUGACAGACGAGCUGUGGGUGUUCAACAUGCCCAGUCGGACGUGGCAGAAGCGAAACCCCACGAUGGGCCCGCCAGCCCAGGCUCAGAUUUACGCGGUGGAGGGUCACUCGGCCCACUGCGUCCUGCUAGCUGGGGGCGAGGCCAUCAUGCUGGUCAUCUUUGGCUACUCUCCCAUCUACAGCUACAUCAGCAAUGUUCAGGAGUACAACUUGAGGUCCAACACAUGGUUGGUGCCUGAGACCAAAGGCGCCGUUCCUCAGGGAGGAUACGGCCACAGCAGCACGUAUGACUCCGCCAGUGGAAGUGUGUACGUUCAUGGUGGCUACAAGGCGCUGCCUGCCAACAAAUACGGCCUUGUUGAUGACCUCUACCGCUAUGAAGUUAACACCCGGACAUGGUUUAUUCUGAGAGAGAGCGGCUUUCCUCGGUACCUGCACUCGGCUGCGCUCCUCAGCGGCACGCUGCUCGUCUUUGGUGGCAACACGCACAACGACACGUCACUCAGUAACGGGGCCAAGUGCUUCUCCGCUGACUUCCUCGCUUAUGACAUCGCUUGUGAUGAGUGGAGCCUCCUGCCGAAACCAGACCUGCAUCGGGACGUCAACCGCUUUGGUCACUCUGCUGUGGUCAGCAAUGGGUCUAUGUACGUGUUUGGGGGGUUCUCCGGUGUGUUGCUCAACGAUGUGCUUGUUUACCGGCCCCCCAGCUGCCAGGCCUUUUUGGCAGAGGAGGGCUGCGUUAAGGCUGGCCCAGGGGUGCGCUGCAUCUGGAGCAGGGGCCGCUGUCUCCCCUGGGAACCCAGCAUGGCUAACGGAAGCCUCCUUCCUGCCCCGUUCUGCCCCACUAAAGCUGUCACAGUGGAUGAGAGGUGCUACCGGUUCUCAGACUGUGCCAGCUGUACUGCCAACACUAAUGGGUGCCAGUGGUGUGACGACAAGAAGUGCAUCUCUGCUUCCAGCAACUGUACCUCUAACGUGAAGAACUUCACAGAGUGCCCGGUGCGGAACGAGCAGGUGUGCAGCAAGCUCGCCAACUGCAAGAGCUGCUCGCUGAAUCUCAACUGUCAGUGGGACCAGAAUCAGUCAGAGUGCCACGCUUUGCCCGCCCAGCAGUGCAGCGAGGGUUGGAACCAGGUGGGCGAGGCCUGCCUGAGGAUCAACUCUAGCCGCGAGAGUUACGACAAUGCCCAACACUACUGCAAGAACCUCAACGGAAACAUCGCCUCGCUCACCACCUCCAAACAAGUGGACUUUGUGCUCGAGGAGCUAAAGAAGCUGCAAGAACAAGACAAGAGGUUGUCUCCCUGGGUGGGCCUGAGAAAAAUCAACGUGUCAUACUGGGGCUGGGAGGACAUGUCCCCCUUCACCAACAGCAGCCUGCGCUGGCUGCCUGGGGAGCCCAGUGACUCUGGUUUCUGUGCCUACCUGGAGGAGCCUCAGGUGUCCGGUCUGAGGGCCAAUCCAUGCACUGCCACUGCCCACGGCCUCAUCUGUGAAAAAGCUACAGGAAACCCCAAUCAGAGUUCCCGUCCAUCCUGUAAGAAGCCUUGCUCGCUGCACACCACCUGCACCAACUGCACCAGCCAGGCCAUGGAAUGUAUGUGGUGUGGCAGCGCGCAGCGUUGUGUCGACUCCACUGCGUAUGUCAUCUCUUUCCCUUAUGGCCAGUGUCUUGAGUGGCAGACUGGAGACUGUGUGGCCCAAAACUGUUCAGGACUGCGGACGUGUUCCCAGUGCUUGGAGCAGCCUGAGUGCGGCUGGUGCGGAGAUCCCAGCAGCACAGGCAAGGGCCUGUGCAUGGAGGGCUCGUACCGGGGUCCGAUGAAGAGGCCGGCGAAGCAGGGCCAGCAGAGCCAGCAGUCCCAGGACAUGAGCCUGGAGCCGGGCAGCUGCCCGAAAGACAAGGGCUAUGAGUGGGCCUUCAUUCACUGCCCUGCAUGCCAGUGUAAUGGCCACAGCACGUGUGUGAACGGCAGCGUGUGUGAGCAGUGCCGUAACCUCACCACUGGUCCGCACUGCCAGACCUGCAUGCCUGGUUACCAUGGAGACCCUACCAAUGGGGGAAAAUGCCAGGCCUGUAAGUGUAAUGGUCAUGCAAGUGUGUGCCAGGUGUUAACUGGCAAGUGCUUCUGCACCACCAAGGGGAUCAAAGGAGACCAGUGCCAGCUAUGUGACUCAGAAAACCGUUACCUUGGCAAUCCACUCAGAGGAACCUGUUACUACAAUCUCCUGAUCGACUACCAGUUCACCUUCAGUCUCAUCCAAGAAGAUGAUAAUCACUACACUGCCAUCAACUUUAUGGCCUCGCCCGAGCAGGCUAACAAGAACUUGGACAUGUCCAUUAAUGCAUCCAACAACUUCAACCUCAACAUCACCUGGUCGGUGGGAUCGACAGCUGGAACCAUCUCUGGAGAAGAGCUACCCAUCAUGUCCAAAACUAACAUCAAGGAGUACAGAGACAGUUUCUCCUGUGAGAGGUUCACCUUCAGAAGCAAUCCCAAUAUCACCUUUUAUGUCUACGUCAGUAACUUCUCAUGGCCCAUCAAGAUCCAGAUUGCCUUCUCCCAACAUAACAGUAUCAUGGACCUCGUCCAGUUCUUUGUGACAUUUUUCAGUUGUUUUCUAUCACUACUCCUGGUGGCGGCGGUGGUAUGGAAGAUCAAACAGACUUGUUGGGCUUCACGACGGAGAGAACAACUGAUGAGAGAGCGUCAGCAGAUGGCCAGCCGUCCAUUUGCCUCAGUCGCUGUUGCACUGGACGCCAGGGGAGAACAAACAGAACUGUUGCAGCAUGUGGUUGACGGUGCACCUAAACCAGUUGCGAUGGAGCCGUGUUCAGGAGGGAAAGCUGCUGUACUGACUGUCCUUUUGCGUCUGCCGUCCGGGCCGUCAGGCUUACCACCACCAGGACAGUCAGGAAUCAUCGUCGCCAGUGCGCUGAUAGACGUUUCGCAGCAGAAACCAACAGAUUUUAAGGACAAGUCCCAGGCUUUAAAGAGCAGAAAAGCUCUUCCUCCAGCUCACCAAGGCACCUGCGUCUGAGUCCCAAACCCGUCAAUCUAUUGGAUCCCUUUUUGUACCAUCUGAGGUCACAUUGUCCCAACAUGCUGCAGGUCCCAGCUGGAGGCCUUGCGAGAGACAUGAGUCAUGGCUAAGAAGAUUCCAUUCAGCUGCUACCACUCCUAAGUUUUCACUGAAACUUGCCAAGUCCCAAGAGCACAACCCUUCUCCAGCCCUCUCCUGUCCCCUCUGCUCUGCUCUGCAUAAAUCAACCUCUGGUCAGGUGAUCAGAAAUCUUUCUCCGGUCUUUGGAACAACUCUUUCUCCAUAUGUCUUCUCUUCAGCUUGGGCAGUUGUCAUGGCAAAACUUGUGCCGAGAGGGAACCUGGCAGAUUACUUAGGAGGAUGUGCCCCUUUGACGCUUAAGUCGUAGACAUUUUGACACCUCAUCAUCAGUUUGCUUAGCGCGAGGAUAAAAAGGAAAGGUGUCUGUACAUUGUGAAUUUUAUCAAAGUUUGAAGUACAAGAGAUGGUUUAAAAAAUGGCUGGCAGAUAUCCAGUCAGUGCUGCCUGUGGGGGGGUUUUGUUCUUCUGUUUGCUUGCCAACAAGUGAUAUUCUAUGGUGCUAAAGCAUUUUGUUUUUAUGACCAGCCUGACUCUUAACUCAGCCUUCGCUGUGUGAACUGAAUUCAUUCUGCCUUUUUGUGGGGGAAGCUACACGCUAAGCUAUCUGACUCUUUUCAAGCCCCCCGCUUGUAAUCAUGAUAGUAUUUUGACAGCUAAAAGUAUUACGUCACACCACUUUUGCCGAUUAGCUCAAUCGAUCUGUUUUAGCAUUUACUGUACAUAUGUAUCAUCCACCCAGCUGAAGCUAAAGUCUGUAUUUUCUGUGGAGUACAUACACGAAUGCUGCAGAGACAUGAGACUGCAAUCACUACCAGCGGCAUGUGGGUGAAGACUGCAAACCAGGAGGAGGCACGAACAAAUCAUCAGUCAUCAAAAGAAAGCAUGGAAAACUCCCCAAACUUUACAAAAAAGAUAAAUGCAUAUUAUUCGCAAACUGGAAGUUUCCUUUGUUUCAAAAAUCAGUGUGUUAACUGUUACAGAAGUUACAAAAACACAGAGAAACACUGGCGCUCUUGUCAAUUCUUUCUGUAGUUUGUUACAUUUUGCUGUGCAACUUGGACAUUUUGAUCUUGCCCUUUGAUUGGUGUGGUGUGUGGAUGCCUCGUAGGAGGAAACUAAAACAAAAACGUCUGCAAACUAAAAGUUAGACCAGAGACAUCGUGCUCCUCUGGCUGUUUACUGGUUUGUUUUGUACAUUUUUUUUAAGAGUCCUCUGAAGCUACAACUUUAUUCCCAUCUUUGAGUACGAGGACUUAAUUUACCUUUUUUAUAAUGCCUUGGCUUUCCAUGAUCUCCUAAGGAGGGGGCAUGUUGAUCUGCAGAAUUUUAAAAAGCUGUCGACCAUUUUUAGCUCCACGACUCCACCCUGAGCUGUACAGUGUCUUGUUGGAACAAAUGUGAGUCUUUGUCACUCUUAUCUCUUGAGAUUUCAUGUGUUUGUCAGGUUUUUAUGACAGAAUGGCAAGAGAUUCUCAUUUAUUUUAGGCCUUGUCACCUGUUACUAUUAUAUCUAUGAUAAAUUGUCUUUUGCUACACUUGUGAAAAGAGCAUUUCUGUUGAUAUUUUGUUUUGAUAUUUAACGGAUUCCUGUGUAAUAAUGCAUUUACCUUGAUUAUUAUUGUUGACUUAAAUCUGUUGAUUUGAUGUCGACUCCUUUUUGAACUGUACAUCUCUUAAGGACUCUAUGGGCAUUGUCUUUCCGUUGCAAAGUGGUCUUUACGAUGCAUUUCACAAGGAAAGUGUGCCAGCUAAUGUUUUUAUUUUGUGUUUGUAGAAUAACCCCAUAACAGUGUCAUUACACAGGAAUCAGGGUCUCACUGUACCGUGGAAAAAAAAGAUGAUAAACUGCAUAUCAGUAAUAUUCAGUGUAUUUUAAAGAUGGACAACAUGCCAGAAAAUAAAAAAACAAACCUGAAAAACU